CCUUUAAUUGAAUUGAUGAUUUCCGCUGCUGUUCCGUUGAUAUAGGAUUUUCAUAUCUCAUAUGUUUGGAUACAAAGGAGACUGAUCCCACUGCAUGGAGGACCCUUAGAUUUCUCAGAAUCACGGGGUGGGAUUUCUGGCUUGGUGUUUGGGUUUUUCAUUUUGCUAUUCCUGGGGUUUUCGCUGUUCGCACUAGUUAUUUCAUCUUCUUCUCUUCACACUUCACAAAACUAAUCAACAAAAACAAUCUUCUCCUCACAAACCUAAGAAUCAACAAUGACGAUUCUUUUCACUCUAGUACUUUUCUCUCUUAUUCUCAGUCUCACUUUUGCCAUCCAAAAGGUGUAUUUAUUUUGUUCAAAACUCAUUCUGGGUUGUCUUCCACAAUGUAUCCGAUUCUCUCUGAAUUGAAUUCUCUGUUUUUCUUGUUUUCCAGCCUUAUGUAGUGUACUUGGGAGAACACACACAUGGGCCAGAGCCAACCUCACUUGAACUCAAUCAAGUUACAACUUCCCAUUACAAGAUUCUGAGCUUUGUCGUCGGAAGUGCUGAGAUUGCUAGGGACAAGAUUUUUUACUCAUAUACUCAUUCCAUCAAUGGUUUUGUCGCGGUCCUGGAUGAGGAGGAAGCUGUGCAGUUAGCAAAACGUUUGGAUGUGAUUUCUGUUUUCCCAAACAAGCCGAGGAAACUGCACACAACUCAUUCAUGGGAAUUUUUGAGAUUGAAAAGAGACGGGAUUAUUCCUUCGGAAGCAAUCUGGAAGAAGGCAAGGUUUGGGAAAGACACCAUCAUUGGAAACCUUGAUACCGUCCACUGCUUUGGGCGGCAUGUGUGUAUGAAUCUGACAGUCAUAGGAUCAAUGGCAAAUAGCUUUUGACCAUCCAAUGCUGCUUUCACUAUCAAGUCACCUACUGGAGUCUCGAUAUCGGUUAAACCGGAGACAUUGAUAUUCAAAAAAAUGGGUGAAGAGAAGAAAUUCGUAGUCACAUUCCACCCUAUGAGUAAAGUAGAGUCUAGAGAUUUUGUAUUUGGACAGUUGGUUUGGUCUGACUCCGACGGGAAACAUAAAGUUAUGAGUCCUAUAGUUAUAAGGCACAAGUAGAGGUAAGACAUAUUGAUAGGGCUCGAAACUUUCAUGAUCUAUGUAAGGAUUUGAGCUUUUAAUUUUCUUAAUAAAAGUGUUAGACUUGU